CCAUGAAGCUCGCCUUUGCGCUCAUUUCGACGCUCGUCGGCCUGGCUGCUGGUUGCGGCGAUGACCACGACCACGACCACGCUGGCCACCUGCACAAGCGCCUCUACCCGCAGACGCAGCUCACCCCGCCGAGCCGCCCGCUCGAAUGGGGCAACCUGAACAUCAUCCACACGACCGACAGCCACGGCUGGCUGCUGGGGCACCAAAAGGCGUCCUUUCCCGAGCCGAACUAUAGCGGCGACUUUGGCGACUUUGCGUCCUUCGUCGCGCACAUGAAGGAGAUCGCGUUGCUCAAGGGUGUCGACCUCCUCCUGGUGGACUCGGGCGACCUGCACGACGGGACGGGGCUGUCGGACGGGUUCCCACCCGGCGGGGUGGACGCGCACGAUACCAACCAGUUCAUCGCGCAGCUGCCGUACGACGUGAUGGCCAUCGGGAACCAUGAGCUGUACAUCUACGCGAACACGUACGACAUGUACACGAACUUCGUGCCGAAGCUCCACGGGCGGUACCUCUCCUCGAACGUCAACAUCACCGUCUACGACAAGAACAACAACAGCGUGAGCGUCCCCGUCGGCAACCGCUUCGCCAAGUUCAAGACGCUGCUGGGCCGGAAGGUGACGGCGCUGGGCGUGCUGUACGACUUUACGGGCAAUGACGUGAAUACGACCGUGCAGAAGGUGGAGGAUAUGGUCAAGGAGGCGUGGUUCGCGCAGGCGAUUCAAGACGAGCCCGACUUCUUCCUGCUCGUAGGGCACAUGCCGGUGUCGAGGGAUAAGUGGCCGGUUGUUUUCAACGCGGUGCGCGCCGUGCACCCGCACACGCCGAUCAUCAUUCUCGGUGGGCACACACAUAUCCGGGAUUGCAACCAGCCCGACGGACGCUCAAUGGCACUGGAGAGCGGGAGGUACAUGGAGACGGUCGGGUGGAUGAGUGUUAACUUGGACAAGCCAGGGAGCACGGGGAACUUGACGUUCACGCGGAGAUACCUCGAUCCAAAUCGCGUCACGUAUCAGUAUCACACUUUGACUAGCAACUGGACGUUCGACACGGCCCACGGAAAGUCGAUCACCCAGGGUCUCCUGGACUUAGCGGAGGAGUACGACCUCUCGUACCAGUACGGCGUCGCACCGCAUGAUUUCACGAUCAGCCAGGCGCCCUACCCGUCCGAGAACUCCUCGCUCUCGCUCUUCAUCCAGAAGGCCGCGCCCGUCGCGCUCACGAUCAACAACACGCGCGCGGGCGUCCCGAAUAUCAUGAUCACGAACUCGGGCUCACAGCGCUUCGACGUGUAUGCGGGGCCGUUCACGAAGAACGACCAGCUGACGGCGAGCCCCUUCACGGACGCGUUCAUGUACAUCCCGAACGUCACGUACAGCGUCGCGAGCCAGGUGCUGCCCGCGCUUAACAACCAGGGCGCGGAGGAGCGGAAGCGCGGGCUCAGGAGCGGGCUGGCGCUGGGGAAAUUGUUGGAGGAGAGGGAGAGGGAGAUGUAUGGGAGGGGAGAAGUCGAGAUGGUAUACCGCAGGUGGCUGAGGGAGAUGGAUGAGCAGGCGAAGAGGGAAAUGAGCAGGCGGGCGACGGUGAAUGGCACCCUGGGAUAUGUUACGCACGACUCUUGCCCAGGUGUCGGAGACGACACAUACCACACUGCGCUGCCCUACUACGAUUCUCCAGACUUCAUUGGCUCGAACGCACCGGCCAAUAUCAGUGCCUCGGACCCCGUUGACCUUGUAUUCGUCGACUUCAUCGAGGACCAGCUUCUGGGGAUUCUUAAUACGGUUCAAAACGAAAAGAACUACACGACGGCAGACGUAUCUUCCUACACACCCAUACUAGCAAAUGAGGUGCUAGGGCUUUAUGCUGAGAGAGCCUGGAAUUCUACGAAUGGCAGUUCCUAA